AUGCCUCUGCCGAGACAAAGAUCCUCCCUCCUGGGCCAGACGUGCCCCCCGGGGCCCGGCGUGGGCCGGGCGGGCGCGGGAAUCACGGCGGCCCCGCGCGGGGUGUUCGUGGGGACGGCGCCCGCGGGGACGGUGCCCGUGGGGGGCGCCAGCAGCCUGGGCGCGCGGGUCUCGCGGCGGGCGCUGGGCAUCAGCAGCGUGUUCCUGCAGGGCAUGCGCAGCUCCGCCCUGCCCGCCCUGCCCCGCGGGGCCGAGCGGGGGCCCCGCCAGCCCGCCGGGGACGGCCUGAACGGCUGCCUGCUGGAGUACCGCGACAAGGUGCGCGCCCUGGAGCAGCUCAACCAGCAGCUGGAGGAGCAGAUCCGCCACUGCCUGGACCGCAAGGCCUCCAGCGCCGGGAACUGGACCGCCCUGCGCCACGACUGGGAGGACAUCUACCGACAGGUGAGCGAGGCCAUCUUGGACAAUGCCCGACUCAUGCUUCAGACGGAGAACGUCCAGGCCAGCGCCGAGGACUUCAAGGACAGAUAUGAGAAUGAGCAGCCCUUCCGCAAGGCUGUGGAGGAGGAGAUCACCUCUCUGUACAAGGUGAUCGAUGACGCCAAUCUGACUAAGGCGGACCUGGAGAGUCAGAUAGACAGUAUGAAGGCAGAGCUGGAGGACCUGGAUAGGGCCUAUGAACAGGAAGUGAGGACUCUGUACAAUCAGCUGGCCCACCCGCAGGCGAACGAACCGGACGCCCCGAUUGAGACCAGCCUGGACCAGAUCCUGGGCUACAUCCGCUCCCACUGGGAGAGGGCCAUCGAGAGGAACCGGGCCGAGACCGACAACUACCCCGAGUCCAAGACAGAGCAGGGCCUGGGCUGCCAGCUGACUCGCGAGGAGGAGGAGAUACAGACCCUGAAGGCAGACUGCAACGACUCCGGCUGCAAGAUCCAGAGCCUGCAGGCUGAGACGGAGUCGCUGAGAGCCCUGAAGCGCGGUCUGGAGAACUCCCUGAGCGACGCUAAGCACUGGCACGACAUCGAGCUGCAGAACCUGGGCUCCGUCAUCAGCAAGCUGGAGGCGGAGCUCGGGGACGUCCGCGGCGACAUCGAGCAGCAGCGCCGCGACUACGAGACGCUGCUGGGCAACAAGAUGAGGCUGGAGCUGGAGAUCGGCACCUACCACGGCAUCCUGGACGGGGAGGAGAGCCGCUACCAGCCCGCCAUGUGGUCAGGAAGCCCAGCGGAGGGUGAGAUUCAGUCAGAACCCGCACCAGACGAAGAGUCCAACCCACCAACUAGCCUACAGGAGGAGAACUAAAGAACAAUGGCAUGACCUCUCCUGCACUUUGACCUGCGGAAAGACUCCCCCUCUGAAAAAAGAUCUUCAGUUGACACGGACAUGCUCCUAAGAAGAUCACAUUUGAGAAGAUUGAAUUUUGCCUGUUCCAGUUCUUCUCUUAUCUGAGAGGCCCUGUGUUCUUUUGUAUGAGCUUAAUAAAACAAAAAAAUAAAAUAAAAAAAAUUGGUCCUGCUAACUGAUGGCAGCACUUGACUUGUGGUGCAUUGUCAUGAUAGAUUCUCUAUUUUCUUAUCAGAAGCUCCCUUUCUAUGGAAACUGAAUGAUAAUGCAUAUACUACUACAUUUAUUACAGUACAGAGAGGUGGAGCUCUAAUCAACAGUCACUCAUCCAUUACAGUUUUUAUCUGUUAUAAGAUACAAUGAAGCUUUCACUUUCAUAUUUUCUUUAGUUCUUUCACAGGUUAGAUUAGGAGAACAAGUAAUCAUUUUCAUUCCUGUAAAUCUUCACCUCCAUAUACAGUAAAUAAUAAAACAACCACACUAUAUGAUCUAACCCUAAGUCAACCCAUGUCCCAGCAUGUAGAGGUGAUGUAUAGAAAUCCAAUGCAACAGGAGCAGCAAACUCCACUCUCUUAAUUCCCCCCUCAGUUCUUCUUUCUAAUUGACCGUCAUUCUCCUGGACAUUACAUGUAUUUAAAGAUGUUUUAUCACCAGCAAACGGCUAAUAA